UAAUAUGUGUGAACGAACUUCGAUUUGUCCCUUAAAUUUGCUCAAUGUUUUUAUUUUGUAAAAGGCUAAAGCCUGUCAGUUUAUUUGAAUCUCUAUGGACGGGUUAACGUGAGGAUAAAAAAACCCAUUUCGCCAAGUUAUUAAACGGACUGUCCAGUGAUUAUGUACAGGAGUAUACAGUUAAAAGAAUCAAAGAUAACUUUCGUUACGUGGUAAAGUAAUUUAAAAUAACUCGCUACCGGUACUGAGAUUGGUAAACAAGCAUGUCGUCGCCGUCCAAGAAACGUUACAAGAAGCAAACGUGGUACAUGCGAUUUAUGUACAAGAGAUUGCCCAUCAUAAAAACGGUGCCCGAAUACAAUUCGGAAAAGGCUUUGGCGGAUUUUAUAGCUGGUAUUACAGUAGGACUUACGGUCAUACCACAGGCGCUGGCUUACGCGACUCUAGCUGGAUUGCACCCGCAGUAUGGUUUGUACUCGUCAUUCAUGGGAUGUUUUGUCUACGCAAUAUUUGGUUCAUGCAAAGACAUCACAUUAGGCCCCACUGCGCUUUUGGCACUCAUGACAUAUGAGCAAAUACAGGGACGAAACUUCGACUACGCCGUACUUCUAUGUUUCCUAACUGGCGUAGUUCAGCUGGCUAUGGGAAUAUUGCACUUGGGUGUCCUUAUAGACUUUAUAUCGGUACCAGUUACGGUUGGAUUCACGUCAGCAACCUCCGUUAUAAUCGCCGUUUCACAACUGAAAGGAUUAUUUGGACUCCAAUUUAGAUCCAAAGGAUUUAUGGAUAAUGUGAAAAAGGUUUUUGUGAACAUUCCCAAUGCCAAUUUAGCAGAUAGUACUUUAGGUAUUGCGUGUAUAAUUAUACUACUUAUAAUGAGGAAAAUAAAAGACGUGAACUUGCCGCAAAAUCAGAAAGGUUUAAAGAAAACCUUGUGGCUAUUGUCUACAUCGCGUAACGCUAUAAUUGUGGUGAUGUGCUCUCUGAUAGCUUAUGCGUGGGACUCUUACACAAAAUCACCCUUCAAACUUACCGGUACCGUAAAAGAAGGACUCCCAUCUUGGUCGCUACCGCCAUUCGGCACGCAGUUAGGCGAGAGAAAUGUGACAUUUGUCGAAAUGUGCUCCGACUUGGGGUCGUCGAUAGUACUCGUGCCAAUUAUCGGAGUGCUGGGCAACGUUGCCAUCGCUAAAGCUUUUGCAAGCGGGGAGUCUGUAGAUGCGACACAAGAGCUUAUAACGCUCUCUUUGGCAAACAUCCUUGGAUCGUUCGUUAGCGCGAUGCCAAUAACGGGUUCGUUUUCACGCAGCGCCGUCAAUCACGCGAGUGGCGUCGCCACGCAAUUUGGAAGCAUUUUUACAGGUAUUUUAGUCCUACUAGCCCUAAGUCUACUCACACCAUACUUUUACUACAUUCCGAAGGCGUCGCUAGCCGCUGUCGUCAUAUGCGCGGUCAUAUUCAUGAUAGAGUACGAGGUGGUAAAACCGAUGUGGCGCUCUCGACGCGCCGACCUCGUGCCAGCAUUUGCCACUUUUGCCCUGUGCCUCAUAGUUGGCGUCGAAUUGGGAAUUGUGGCUGGCGUAUUGCUAAACGUCAUAUUGUUGUUAUAUCCCAGUGCGAGACCUCAAAUGGAUGCUGAAAUUAUAACGAAUAACACAGGGUCCAGUUACCUUUUAAUUACCGUGGGAAACAGUCUAUAUUUCCCCGGCGUGGAAUACAUAAGACAGUAUGUUACUCGCGCGGCGAAGAAACAGGGAGGCUGCAGUAUGCCGGUAGUGAUCGACUGCAGAUAUGUUCUUGGAGCUGAUUUCACCGCAGCCAAAGGCAUUUGUGCGUUAUCCAACACAUUAUGUUCCCGUGGUCAACCGCUCGUAUUACUAUCUCCAAGGACCAAUGUAGCGUCCGUAUUUACCGGAGCUGGCUCCAGCGUAGUCGUGGUCAUGACUGCUGCGGAACUGGACUCCACUUUACAAGAACUAACGGGUCAAAUAGCUUUACCAGUAAUAAAUGGAGAAGGGAAGCGUAUAACGCCUCCGCCUCCGUACAAAUCUCUAAGUCAAGUCGACGAUGACGUCAUAGAAGUCGUCAUAGCCGAAGAAAGAAAUAGUACACCUUUACUAACCACUCCAAAUGGUCGCCGAAGAAGCUUAUCAAAGGAAUUGCACGACACGUGACGUCAAUUUCAUUAGGUUAGAAUUAUUGUAAUGAAAUUUUUAUACUGCCGAUCGAAGCUAAAUUAGCCCGUGUAUUACUUAAACUGUUUCUGAUCCAUUAAGAUUUUUACAAUUAGGUGUGUACCUAAAUAAUACCUAUGAAAACGUAGAACAUUGUGAAUGUACAUUUUUAUUUGCUAAAUUGUAAUUGCUGAUACGAAACAAAAUGUCUCGCUUAAGAUUGUAACGCAUUAUAGAAGUCUAUCAUGGCGGUAAGAGCGAACAAGGUGGGGAAGUAUGGACAUCUUGAGGUUGCGGACAGAAAUUCGGCGUGGUUUGCAAUAUCCUUUUAAUACUGGUUUUUUGUUUGAGCCAAGCAAGUCUGUUGACUAAAAGAACUAAUGGCCCGAAAAACAGGAAAAUAAAUCAUUAAAAAAAUUGUUAACUAACUAGGAAAAGCGGGCUGAACUAGUUUACCAUAAUCAGGUCAACGGAACUCUUACCGAGUGUCAGCAUUAAUCAAACAUUAAUGCCCGUUUUCACUAACUCGAGGAAUCGCCUAAAUCGAACGCCUU